AUGACUCCCUCAUCUAUGGACUCGUUCCACACCGCUCCCAGCGUGGUCGACGAUGAAGACCUCAGCGACGGCGAGAUCGACGCUUUACUCGCUCGUGCCACGCUGCGUCUGAAAGAGAAGGCCAAGGGCAAGCAGCUGAUCGAACAGCCGGAAGGACAACGCUUGACAUUCCCGAAGCUCGAUGCUGGCAAGCUGGACAAGCCAUACGUGGACACGAGUGGUGAUAUCGCGAAGCUCGACGACUCCCGCAUACUGGAUGGGAAGUAUCGGAAGCUCGCAGACGGUAUCAGGAAGGUCGAGGAUCCGGUCACCGCAAAGAAGGCCGGUGCAGAGGUACGCGACAUUCUCGUCUUCAAAUUCUUGCACACGGCAAUGAGGAAAAUUAUCCCAAUUUCUCUUGAGCAGAGUUCGGGCGCCGUCUUGGUUGCCUUUCUGCACACUGAAAGUUUUACUUAAUCAUAGUUACUCUGAGCCCAUCAUACACCUCCACAGUUGUUCUACCAAGCAACACUUGGAGCACAAGCUGACAUGCUCACAGAAGAAGAAGGCUACUGCCGGCGAACAGUGGUACAACUUGCCAAAGACAAAUCUCACACCCGAGCUCAAACGCGACCUUCAACUUCUCAAGAUGCGUAACGUACUCGACCCGCACCGUCACUACAAGAAGGAUGGUGGCAAGAUGAAGGCGCCGGAAUACAGUCAAGUUGGAACCAUUGUCGAAGGGCCGACUGAGUUCUUCACCGGCCGCGUCGAAAACAAGAAGCGCAAGCGGACGCUUGUAGAAGAGGUGCUCGAAGGGGAGAGGGAGACAGGCCGCUUCAAGAACAAGUACAGCGACGUCCAGGCGAAGAAGACGAGCGGCAAGAAGGCGUUCUACAAGGCUCUCAAGGAGGAGAGAAGAGGUGGUGUCAAGAAGGGUGGCGCCGGUUGA